UGACAGCUUGAACUCUCGGCGUCGAAAGGGCGUGAAAAUGACAAAUUGAAACAACUCUGCUCUUCCGAGAAAAACGCUCUUUCCAAAGCAAAGCCUAAGUCAAGAGACAUCAUCUCGAGGUAGGCACACGGAAAACUACGGCAGACCCUGCUUCGUGAUAGCUUCAAGCAUCUUCCCAUCUUCUCUUUCUUCUCUCAUACCACGACAUCACUUCUACUAUGGAUCCCUCUAGAUAUCAGCCCUCGACGCUGGCCGUCCACGGCGAUGACCCGCUCAACGACUCUACAGAUGUUGCUCCCGCCAUGCACGUCUCUACCACCUACCGCUAUCCUGAGGACCCUGACAAGCUGGUGCCUUUCAGCAUGGACGAUGUGAUGGCCGGUCGCGACCCCUUGAAGCCAGGAAGCGGCGCCGACCCUCUCAUCUACAGUCGCGAAGCCGCGCCCAACACAUCCCGUCUCGAAACCAUCCUUUCGCACCUUCUCAAGGGUCCAGCAUUGACCUACAGCUCCGGUCUUGCUGCCUUCCACGCUAUGCUAGUCGCACUCAACCCCAAAGUUGUUGCUAUUGGCGAUGGCUACCACGGCUGCCAUGGCGUGCUCAAGAUUUUCCAGAAGCUCACACACUGCAAGAUUGUCGAUGUACACAACCCGGAUACAUGGGAAGAUUUAGGAGAGGGCGAUGUGGUACACUUGGAGACACCGUUGAACCCUACCGGCGAGGCCUACGAGAUUGAGAAAUACGCCAAAUGGGCACAUGAGAGAGGUGCUGUCUUGACAAUCGAUGCUACAUUUGCGCCACCACCGCUCCAAAACCCCUUCGACUUCGGCGCAGACUAUGUGAUGCACAGCGGAACCAAAUACUUCGGCGGUCACAGCGAUAUGCUUUGCGGUGUCGUCGCCAUCAAUCCUGUACGCCCGAACGCAACGAAAGAGUACUGGGGAAUGUGGGACGAACGUGUAUGCUUGGGCGGCGUCAUGGGAAGUCUAGAAGGCUGGCUCGGUGUCCGCAGUAUGCGCACCUUCGAGCUCCGCAUCACUCGUCAAUCAGAAACCACAACUGCUCUGGUCCAGUGGCUCGCUACCCUCCAAGCCGGCGAAGGACCCAAGGAAGAUGUCGCCGUUGUCCAGAAAGCGGUUGCACGUGUGCAGCACGCAAGUUUGCAAAAGGACGACAUGCACUGGCUUGUCAAACAAAUGCCUGGAGGUUAUAACCCCGUGUUUGCUAUCUGGAUGUCAUCAGAGAAGUUUGCUAGGUGCCUGCCUAGCAAACUGCAUCUUUUCCACCAUGCCACCAGUCUUGGUGGUGUGGAGAGUUUGAUCGAGUGGCGCCGUAUGAGUGAUGACAAGAUUGACCCGAGAGUCCUUAGAGUCAGCAUUGGCGUUGAGAAUGUUGAGGACCUGAAGAGAGAUUUCUUGGAAGCAUUCAAGGCUGUCUUGAGUGAUGCCUGAGAAGCUGACAUGUGUUGAUACACGAUAUAUAUGACUUUUUAGAUCCCGGAAACCGUAAAUACUUGAUAGAUCAGCAAUAUCUACGACUUCGAGCACCAGGUCAUUGGAGUGGACUUUCUGGUCGGCUUCCCAAGAUUCUUUUGCCAUGUGAUUCUACACGAACGGAAGUAACUCACGGUAUACUUUUCUAUCGCGACUUGUCGAUCCGGACCAUCAACUCUCGCCAUCACGCACAUAGACUUCCAGAGAAGUACUGCACGGGUCAAUGAACCGGCUUACAUGAUCAAUCUCUCAUCCUUGUGGUCUAAUGCUUUCAUGCAAUGGAAGUACCGCAACGUAUACUUCAUCAAUGCAGAACGGGAUCCCGGAUGUCGAUUCUUGUCGCCGUGCAAGGUGGAAC